AUGAGUGAAUUGCAAGAGCUUAACGUAAAUGUACCGUCUGAUGAAGAUUUAUCUGAUGAUAGUGAUGCAGAUGGAAAUCCACCUGUUCAGCGAAAGCCCGCGAAAUAUAGGGUGUGGCGCAAACAAGUUGUAUUUGAUGACGCAAAGGAGGCAGAGAAGUGCAUUGAAGAUGAAAAAAUUUGGAAGAAAAUUACUUCGUACAAUUCGGUGGAUGGAUUAAAGGUUACAUUCAGAUGUACGGGCGGGCAGUAUAGAAGAAAUGAAUUCCCCGCGGGAAGAUAUUUAUUGUACCACUCCGAAAAUAUGAAAAUAGCAACAUCGGCAAAGUUGUUAGUGCGUCAGUUGUAUAAUGACGGAAUCAAAAAGCCUAACGCCAUCAUUGCAGCUUUCCGUGCAAGGAAAGAGCAGCCACCAGUAAAAUCGCAGUUAAAAACAUUUUUAACUUCAUUACGCUCAAAAACUCUUGGAGCGUCCACUAUUUCGGCAGGAGAAUUAAGCAACUGGUGCAGCGCAAACUCAAAUGUUCCUAGUAACGAAGAUCAACCAUAUGUUUUAGAUUUUAAAAUUGAUGUUGACGACGCCGAUUUUCUGAAACAAGACCUGAAAAUUGUUUUAUCGACCAAAAGACUUCUAAAGCUGUUAGGAGAAGUGGAUAAAGUUCAAGCUGAUGCCACGUACAAACUCGUAUGGCAAGGAUAUCCAGUCCUGAUUGUAGGAACUUCAGAUAUUUGCAGAAAAUUUCAUCCGUUAGCAGUUGCAGUGUGUUUUGGCGAAGCAGAAGCUGAUUUUGCUUUUAUAUUUCAAGCAAUGAAGCAAUCGUACAUGAAUAUUCAUCAGAUGAUUUGGAAACCAAAUGUGUUACUUGCAGAUGCAAGUGUAGCAAUCACAAACGGUUUUAAAUCAGUAUUUGGGACUCCAGCUCGAAGACUUCAAUGUUUUUUUCAUGUUUUGAAAAACGUCGAUUCAGUUAUUCGCGGUAUAACAGAAAAAACAGAAAUCGGAAGAGAUCUUCAUGCUUUGCAGCUCUGCAUAGACGACGAAGAAAAGCCAAAGUACCCAUUGAAGCUAAAAGUGUUCCACUUGGACAAAAGAGGAAGAGAGGGCGGCCAACUACAGCUAAAAAGGCAUUAA